UGUUCGGUCAUGGUCCGGUCUCGGUCUCAGUCCUGCCAGAUGUCGAGAACUCUUCAGUCUGGAAUCGUUUGUAUUUUCAGAUUUUUAGCUACUGGAGAUUCCUAUCAAACGAUUGCUUUUAGCUAUCGUCUUGGUCAUUCAACCGUACGAAGUAUUUGUCUUGAAGUUUGUAGAGCAAUUAAUGAAAUAUUAUUAGCUGAAUAUAUUCCAACUCCAAGUAAAGAGAAAUGGUUAGAAACAGCUAAUGAAAUGUGGACUAUGUGGAAUUUUCCAAAUUCUAUGUCUAGGAGCCCUAGAUGGCAAACAUGUGACAAUUCAGGCGCCUGCAAAUAGUGGAUCACUAUAUUUUAAUUAUAAGAAAUCGUUUUCAAUUGUGCUUUUGGCAUUGGUAGAUGCCAAUUGUAAAUUUAUUGCUGUGGAUGUAGGGUCGUAUGGUAAAAAUAGUGAUGGUGGCAUUUU